GACUACAUCUCUCCUAUUUGGAUACUCAAGGAUUGAACUUAUAUGGGUUUUCUAAGAACAUUUAUUAGAGGAUGUUGGAAUCCCUUAGUUCAAUGCCCCGAAUCAAUGCAGAGCUUUAUGAGGUUAUGAAGGCAUUUGAUAAAGCUGAGCCACUGUACUUGGAGGCAGUCAAUAUUCUUGAAGAGUCAUUUGGUCCUCAGGAUAUACGAGUUGGAGUUGCCUUUCACAAUUUUGGCCCGUUUUAUCUUGCACAGCGUAAGUUAGAAGAAGCUCAAAUCCACUAUGAGAUAAGAGGGAGAGUCUUGGGAUAUGGUCAUCCGGAUUACGCAGACACCAUGUAUCAUCUGGGAAUGGUGCUACAUCUACAAGGAAAACAAAAGGAAUCUGAGGUUCUUAUCUUCGAUUCGAUCCGGAUUUUGGAGGUACCUGGUCAAGGAGAAUCUACGGUAUGUUUGAAGAGAUUGCGUCGUCUAGCUCAGAUGACUCGUCUCAUUCAUUUGUACUUGGUCUUUUGUUGACUAAAUGAGUAGCUAACUAAACUCUCUGCAAUGUGGAAAAUGAAAAGCUAAGCAACUAGAUACAAAACCUUGUUGCCUCUGUUUAACUAGGACGUACAACCUUUCAAAAGCCACCUAAAUAGCAGGCACAUGAAAUCCAAGACUUCCUGAACCUUCUAGGAUCUCAAUGACUCCACAUAUCUCUAUGCCUUACCUUGUAGACAACUUCCAAGCGCCCUCGUGACUCAGUACAUCAAUGAACUUCUCCGCUAAAUAUGAGAGGAUCAUCAAGACAACAUGGCACGAUAUUCCUAAGUGUAUACCACUUUGUUCUGCAAUGUCUUCAGUAAUCAUGCGGAAGCUCACCAGUUGUGAUGAUCACCAAUUUAUUGCUUUA